GUCAAUUUAUCAUGUGAGGAUCCCCCAGUAAAAGAAAAGAAACAACACGAGAUGAGCAGAAGGGAGACCAACGGCAUUGAUUUGAAUGGGCAAAACGAGGCGGAACCCGACUUGACACUGGAGCAAGCCAUUGAAGAAUAUGCUCAUGAAUAUCAGAAUAUAAACAACACCCUUGACCAGUUAGACUCUUGUCUGGACAGUAUCGAGCAGCAGAAUGACCAACUUAAUGUUAAAAUGCUAGAACUGCUACAGUCCAAUAGGCAACUAAGACAAGAAUUGCAGACUGAGAUUGUGGCAAAACAGCAAACAGAGACAGACAUGGAAGCAGAUUCCACUGAGCAAGACUGCUCUGUAGCAAUAGACCAAAAUGCUGGGGAUGCUAACAAACAAGUGGACAGUUCAGAAAAAACUGAAGAAACAUGAAUAAAGUAUGUGCAAUAUCUAAAGAUAAAGAUGGGGACAACAUUCCAUUAAGCUUUGUGGUCCUUGACUUGCAUACUAUACAUGUACUACUUAUUGAUGUGUAAUUAAGCAUGUAGCAUGUUCAACUGACAUC